GCGCAGCGGCGGCCGCAGCGCGCCCGCCCGCCCCGGCUGCCGCCCGCAGAAGAUGCACUUCAGCACUGUCACCAGGGACAUGGAAGCUUUCACGGCCAACAGCCUGAGCAGCCUGAACGCCUCCGGGGGGUACCACCUCUCCCCUUCCCCGGGGGACCCGUACGGACAGCAUGAGCCGCCGCACUACGAGCCCUGUACGGCUCAGCAGCACCCACACCCCCCGCCUCAGCCCCAGCACGGAUACCCCUUCGGCGGGGCGGCGGGUGCCGGGGGAACCGCCGCGGGGCCGGCCGCCGUCUCGGGCUGUUCCUCCGGGGCGGCCGCCGCGACCAAGGCGCCAGUGAAGAAGAACCCGAAGGUGGCCAACGUGAGCGUCCAGCUGGAGAUGAAGGCACUGUGGGACGAGUUCAACCAGCUGGGCACCGAGAUGAUCGUCACCAAGGCCGGCAGGCGAAUGUUCCCCACCUUCCAGGUGAAGAUAUUUGGGAUGGACCCUAUGGCUGACUAUAUGCUUCUCAUGGAUUUUGUCCCCGUGGAUGACAAGCGAUACCGGUACGCCUUCCACAGCUCCUCCUGGCUGGUAGCUGGCAAAGCCGACCCUGCCACCCCUGGUAGGGUGCACUACCACCCAGACUCCCCGGCGAAGGGGGCACAGUGGAUGAAGCAGAUUGUUUCCUUUGAUAAGCUCAAACUGACCAACAAUUUGCUGGAUGACAACGGGCAUAUCAUUUUGAACUCCAUGCACAGAUACCAACCGCGCUUUCACGUGGUCUACGUGGACCCCCGGAAAGACAGUGAGAAAUAUGCAGAGGAGAACUUCAAAACGUUUGUGUUUGAGGAGACCCGCUUCACAGCUGUGACUGCCUACCAGAACCACCGGAUCACACAGCUGAAGAUAGCCAGCAACCCUUUUGCCAAGGGAUUCCGAGACUGUGAUCCUGAAGACUGGCCUAGGAAUCACAGGCCAGGGGCCCUUCCUCUCAUGAGUGCUUUUGCCAGAUCCCGAAAUCCUGUCUCUUCUCCAGCCCACCAGAAUGGGACAGAGAAAGAUGCUGCCGAGAGCCGGCGGGAGUACGAGCGGGAGGCGGCCGGCGGGACGCCGCUGCACGCCGAAGCCGCGCACCAGCAGCUCAUGUCCCGAGUGCUCAGCCCCGCGCUGCCGGGCGGCGGCGGCCUGGUGCCUUUGGGCGGCGCGGGCGGCGGCCGGCCCAGCCCGCCCCACCACGAACUGCGCCUGGAGGCCGCUGCCUCGGAGCCCCUCCACCACCAUCCAUACAAAUACCCGCCCGCGGCGGCCGCCGCCUACGAUCAUUACCUGGGGGCGAAGAGUCGGCCCGCCCCCUACCCCCUCCCCAGCAUCCGCGGGCACAGCUACCACCACCACCACCACCAUCACCACAUGAACGCAGCGGCCGCAGCGGCGGCGGCAGCUGCUAACAUGUACUCGUCGGCCGGCGCGCCCGCCAACUACGACUAUGGCCCACGGUAACGGCGCCGCGCCCCGACGGCGCGAGAGACUGGCGGCGGCCACGCGGGCCACCGGCGCUGCUGCUCUCCUCCUUCCCGCCUUUCCCUCUCUUCCCGCCUUACGAGUGAGCUGAUAGGCCAGUUCGACCUGAUCGACAAUCGGAGAGCCCAAUCGGAGGAACUCACAGCCCCCCGUGGCGCUCCCCACCUGUCGGCGGGCCGUGAGGGCGGGCGGUGGUGGCGUGCUGCGAGGGGACGGGGCGAGUCCUCCGCAUCACAGCGUGACCCGCAGCUGCACUUUGAUAAACGAAGCCAUAUGCCGUUAUCUCCCUUCUCUUUGCCUUGUGCCUUCCCUCUUGCCGAUGCCCCACGAGUACGCGGGCACCGAGGACGGUAGGGCCGCUGGGAAGCGGUGGCGGUGAGGUGACUUUGCUUACUCCCCUGCCGAGUCUCGUGCGGGAGGUUCGGUGUUGCUGGCAGUUUUGGCGGUGUCACGGGCUUUUCCCCGCCGAGCGGGAGCUGUAAAGCUAGUACCGAGUUAGGGAGGCCGCGGGACUGGCCGCGGGCGGUGGCUGACACCCGCCCCCGGCCGCGCGUGGCUCCAGACACGUUGGUCUCGGUCGCCAUUUUACCUCGGGGUCGCUUGGCCUCAGGUGGUUUUUCGUCGGAGGAAGCAGAGUUUAGCUUAAAGAAAUACUCUGAAUCCUUACUGUCAGAACAAACUGUCCAGGCCUAAUCUGCUCCUGAGUUUGUGGGGUUCA